AGUUGUAUUUUGAUAGGGGCAACUUCUAUGACUUUACUUCUAUUGUACGUGAACUCGAUGUUCCUGGCAAUUUAUAUGAAAGGAAAACAUAUCCAUUCGAAUUCUCCACUGUUGAAAUGCAGUAUGAAUCAUACAAUGGAAUCAAUGUUAGGCUUAGGUACAUAUUGAAAGUGACAAUUAGCCGAAAUUAUGUCAACAACAUUGUGGAAUACAUGGAUUUUGUGGUACGCAAUUACACUGCAGCUCCAACAAUUAAUAACAGCAUUAAGAUGGAAGUAGGAAUUGAAGAAUGCUUACACAUUGAGUUUGAAUACGGUAAAAGCAAGUAUCAUUUGAAGGAUGUCAUUGUUGGCAAAAUAUAUUUUCUUCUAGUGAGAAUCAAAAUAAAGACCAUGGAACUCGAAGUGAGGCGCCGAGAGUCAACUGGAUCAGGGGCCAAUACAUAUGUUGAGACAGAGACCCUUUCAAAGUAUGAGUUGAUGGAUGGGGUUCCAGUUCGCGGAGAAUCAAUUCCUGUGAGAUUGUUUCUUGGUCCAUAUGAAUUGACCCCUACAUACCACAACAUCAACAACAAGUUUAGUGUGAAGUAUUUUCUAAAUCUUGUUCUUGUGGAUGAAGAGGACAGAAGGAAUUUGCCUUAUGUAACUCUUACCAUCUCGUAUAACAACAUCCAUCCUGACCCUAAUUUUGAGAAGGAACUUGCACUACAAAAUGACUUCUAG